AUGAACAAAACGGAUGUUGCUAUCUCAUCAUCCAGUAAAAUUACGGAUAAGAAUUUAAAAAAAUAUGAAAAAACAGUAUCUACUGGAAGUUUAUCUCAAAAAGAACUUAUAGAUUACGUUGAUGAAGAAUUUGUCCAAAAGAUUCUAAGCCAACAGCUUGUAGCUGUUAAUAUUUCAGAAUUAAUAAGAAAUGGAGGGUUCGAUAUCUUAGUUGAUUUCAUAAGAGAAACCUUUAAGGUGGAAAAAUUUUGUCCGCCAUUAAAGAAUUAG